AUCGCCUAUGCGGGUGUUUCGACAUUUCCCACAGUGAAAAUCGAGCCGGGAAAAUGCCUUCCCUACUCGUCCUACUCCUGCUGGCCAUCAACUCUUCAUUCGCCGAAGAACCGCCACUGGUAGAGCUCUCCCUGGGACGCGUACAGGGUGGCACAAUGCAGAGCUUCCAGGGGAAGACAAUCUACGCCUUCCGUGGCAUUCCCUAUGCCCAGCCACCAGUGGGGCAGCUGCGGUUUGCCGCUCCACAGCCAGCCAUUGGCUGGGGACAGGAGGAGAUCCUCAAGGCCACCUCCGAUUCGCUCGUCUGCCCACAGCCGGGGAUUUCGCUGCUGAUGAGCGAAGACUGCCUCAAGGUGAAUGUGUUCACGGGGAAUUUGGACACAAAGGGGGAGCAGCUACUUCCCGUCAUCGUGUACAUCCAUGGAGGAGCUAAUGUCCUGGGCAGCGGUCACAGCCUGUACGAGGCGGGACCGCAGUAUCUGCUCGACCACGAGGUGGUUUUCGUGGCCUUCAACUAUCGCCUGGGAGCCCUGGGCUUCCUUCGGCCUCUGGGGAGCAGUGUGACUGGAAAUUUCGGAUUCCUCGACCAAGUGAUGGCCCUGCGGUGGGUGCGGGAUCACAUCUCGAGGUUCGGCGGAGACCCAGAGAACGUCACGCUCUUUGGCAUGAGUGCCGGAUCCAUGGCUGUGAGUCUCCACCUGGCAUCGCCCCUCUCCUGGGGACUAUUUCAUCGAGCUAUUCUCAUGAGUGGCUCUGCCACGAAUCACUUCGCCAUCGACAAUGUCUACUGGACACAGAAAUUGGCCCGAGAAGUCGGCUGCCCCAUGUACGAUGCCCCCGAUGUGGUGCAGUGUCUGCGGAAUGUGGCCUGGACACGGAUCGUGGAGGUAUGCAAGGGCUGGGAGUCGUUUCAGUUUGUGAAUAUGAAGUGGAACUACGAGAUCGAUGGCCACUUUCUGCCCAGGCAUCCCACGGAGCUCAUGGCAGAGGGAAACUUCAGCCAAGUGCCUCUCCUCGUGAGCUUUACGGCCAACGAAUUGGAUUACACGGCAAAUGUUCAUCUGGAGAAUGAGCCGCUGCUGCAUGAUCUUGGGUCUAAUUUCGAGGAGUACGCCCCCGAGCUGUUCCUCUACAACUACGACACAUCCAUCAGCCGCCGCCUGAAGGAGUUCUACCUGGGAAGCAACGUCUCGGAGAUCUCUGCGGACAACAUCGAGAGAUUCGGAAGCAUCUUCUCCGAUGGCAUCAUUGGCCAUGGAGUCCAUCGGUUGGUCCAUCUGGUCAGGCACUUCACCCCCGUCUACUACAUGCGAAUGGAUUACGUGGGAAAGCGCAGCCUCUCGGCUCCUACGGAUGAUCAGGAGAUGCCCCUGGGCGUGGGGCAUGCGGAUGAUCUGCAGUACGUGAUGCCCAGCCUGUGGUAUGGCACCAUCAUGGCUGAGAAUCACACGGAUCUCUUCAUGAUGGAGCGUCUGACCAAGUGGUUUACGCACUUUGCCAAGACAGGCACACCUCUAUCCACAGAAGAGGAGCACGACUUUUGGCCGCCCUGCAACGCCACGUAUGUGGCAAUGCUCUACAAUGAUGUGGCCACAAAGAUGGGUCCGCCUGGCUAUUCCGAACGAUAUGCCAUCUGGGACGAGCUCUUUCCCACGCCCGCCCUGGGCAGGGGCGUGGCCCGAAGGCAGCAGCCAAACAUCGUCGCCCUUGUGGCCAUCGCUUUGGCCACUGGUGUGGCCUUCAGGCGACUCUCUGGCUCUUUGGCUCUCGGUGGAAAUUAAUGUAGCAAUUAGGUGUGGAAAAAGCUUAUCAAUAGGCCGUUUAGAUUACGCCUAAUGAUGGUCUCGCUCUGGUCUUUGGGUCUCCUCUCCUCUCUCCUCUCAUUCGAGGGGAGUGGGGAGCAUUGCAACUAUUUACUUUGAUUAAUUAAUCAACAAAGGCGUGAGAUUUUCCGUGUUUCCACUUCCACGAGUUUCCCGAGAGCCUCUGCCUCCCCUUGGGGCAAUUAGU